AGAAGAACUUGGUCGUCAAGCAAAAAAACUGCAGCGACUCUGACUUGUCUCUCUGUAUAAAAACCCAAAGCCAAUGAUGAUGAUUCUCUUUCAAUGUAGGACAGGACUCCAUUCAAAUAACACAAAAACACCAUCAUAAAAAAAAGAAAAAAAAAAUGUGUGGGGGCGCUGUCAUAUCAGAUUUCAUCUGGUCGAAAUCGUCGUUUGCAGAGAGUCAAGCCGGCUCUGUGAGCAACAACAAGAAGCGUAAACCCGUCUCAGGCGUUGGUGGGCAAAGAGAUGGGAAGCGAGAGAGGAAAAAUCUGUACAGAGGGAUAAGGCAGAGGCCGUGGGGCAAAUGGGCAGCGGAGAUUCGUGACCCGAGGAAAGGAACACGUGUCUGGCUCGGCACAUUCAAAACCGCCGAGGAAGCUGCUCGAGCUUACGACGUUGCAGCCAUCAAAAUCCGUGGCCAGAAAGCGAAACUGAAUUUCCCAAACACUAUUGGUGGGCAAAGAGAUGGGAAGCGAGAGAGGAAGAAUCUGUACAGAGGGAUAAGGCAGAGGCCGUGGGGCAAAUGGGCAGCGGAGAUUCGUGACCCGAGGAAAGGAACACGUGUCUGGCUCGGCACAUUCAAAACCGCCGAGGAAGCUGCUCGAGCUUACGACGUUGCAGCCAUCAAAAUCCGUGGCCAGAAAGCGAAACUGAAUUUCCCAAACACUAGUAUUAUUAGUGAUACAAAUCAAAAGGAGAUGAUUUCGGAAAACCACCAAGUAGAGAGCUUGUUGUCGGAGGAGGAGGAGGAGCUGAUGGCGUUUGAGGAUUACAUGAGAUUCUAUCAGAUUCCGUUUCUCGACGACCAAUCGACGACGGACCUUGGUAAUCUAUGGAGCUUCCAAGAAGAAGAAGACUCUCUCACUACUAAAUCUUAA